ACGCAGUAGCGCAUACAGUACGACCUCGUUCCUAGCUAAUUCUCAGAUUCCUGACUGUUGCCCUAUCAGUGAGCAGAACACAUCGCCAUGGACGCUACAAGAUCGUGCCAUAAGCUCUCUUGCUCCACGGCCUUGACUGUGGCGAUGCUGUGGUCUCGGUUGAGGCUUCAGUUACCUGUGGCGUGGUAAAUAUGAGGAAGAUCAGGCUAAUGUAACUUCAUGAAAGUUCGUCCACCGCACCAAUGGUACCAACUCUUUACCCGGAGCUGCGGCUCAUGGAAAGGCCGAUCUACAAGUCACACUCUGGCUUCAUCGACAAAGCCUCAUUCGGUCAACUUAUCUUCACACCAUUCCCCGUUGCGAUGCCAGAAGCAACGCCCUCACCAUGACCGGAACUCUUCAACUUCUCACCAUCUCUGCCACAGUAGCCCUCAGCGCGUACUAUGGGCCACUCUUCCUGAGCAUCCUCAUCCCCAGAUUACAAGUCCAUAUCCCGAUCCCCGUUCUAUCAACCCCCCCAGCAGCGCCAGCGGAACACAGCUGCCCCCAGCAUGCGUACACAGCCCAACUAAUCUCCCUCAACCCGCUGCUGAUCCUGAUCCACAAUUUCAUCCCGCCCUCGGAACGCGCCGAUAUCAUCGCCGCCGGCACUCCGCUCCUCAUCCAGUCGCCCGUGACGGGCAGCGGGAACGGCGAUUCUCCCUCGCAAGCGCGCACCUCGCACAGCGCGCCGCUGCCGCCGGACGACAAGGCGGUGUCGUGCGUGCUGGGCCGCGCGGCCUCGUUUCUUGGCACCCUCCUCUUGCCUGGCCGCGACGAGAUGGGCCCGGCCCAGAUGGUCCGGUACACGCCGGGACAGAAAUUUGACCCGCAUCACGACUGGUUCAAGCGCCCGCGCAUCACGGACGAGGAUGCUGCUGUGGGCAGGAGGAGGUUGUAUAACCGCGUCGCGACGCUGUUUGUGGUGCUGCAGGCGGAUAAUGUUACCCAAGGGUCUGGGGAGACGUGGUUCCCUUUGAUCAAACCGAUUGAGGGUGGCGGCGGUAGUGGUGGGGGCGGGGGUGAGGGAGAGGUGCUGUGGAGAGAGCACGAGGAUGGCGGGCUGGCGUUUAAGCCUAUCCCUGGGAACGCGCUGUUCUGGGUCAACUUGCUACCGAAUGGGACUGGGGAUGCCAGAACGCUACAUGCAGGUUUGCCGGUUGAGGGAGGUAUCAAGGUCGGUAUGAAUAUCUGGCCAAGGAGGUUUUUUGGGCCGGAUGCCUGACGGUUCUGUGACUGUCGUCUAUCUCCUGCGGCUCCGGGGUUUCACUUUCAAGGAGAGAGAGAGGACAUCUAUUCC